GAACAGAUUUAUGUUAUAAACAGAGAACGUCAAAAAUAUUGUUCGUUAUUGGUGUUGUUCAUUCUUAAAGAUUUCGACGCUAUAAACUUUUGAUCUAUAAUUUAAUAUAUAUAUAUAUAUAUAUAUAUAUAAAUAUUUAUUGUCCCACUUUGUUUUGGGGAAAGGACUUAAUAAUACCAAUAUGUCGUCAUCUGUUCAUUGUCAAUUGUGGAUGGGUAGUUUGGAGCCGUACAUGACGGAAAAUUUCAUAAUAGCCGCUUUUCGUAAAAUGGGUGAGGAGCCAACAACAGUCCGACUAAUGAGGAACAAAUAUACUGGUGAACCGGCUGGUUACUGCUUUGUUAAUUUUGCGACUGACGAAAGUGCAAUGGAUGCUAUGCAUAAACUAAAUGGUAAGCCCAUUCCUGGAACUAAUCCGAUUGUUCGUUUUCGACUAAAUAGCGCAAGUAAUUCAUAUAAACUUCCUGGAAACGAGCGAGAAUUCAGUGUAUGGGUUGGAGAUUUAAGCUCAGAUGUCGAUGAUUAUCAACUUUAUAAGGUGUUUUCAACAAAAUAUACUUCUAUAAAAACGGCCAAAGUAAUUUUGGAUAGUUCUGGGUUUUCGAAAGGCUACGGGUUCGUUCGAUUCGGCAUCGAGGACGAACAAAAGUCGGCAUUGUAUGAUAUGAAUGGAUACAUUGGUUUGGGAACUAAACCAAUAAAAAUUUGUAAUGCUGUGCCAAAACCAAAGAAUGAAUUAGGCGUUGCACUUGGUACAACUAGUAAUUAUGGUUAUGGUGGUGUUGGUAUUACUGGGACAUCGACGACAACAGCGACAACUGCGGACUAUUCUCAAUACUAUGAUCCUACCAGCACUUAUUGGCAGAACUAUAAUUCUUGGCAAGGAUAUUAUGAUCAGAGUGGAGCAGGGGCUAUAUCAGAUCCCAACAGUGCAUACUAUCAACAAUCAAUAGCACAGUCUCAUGCCAAUCCACAAACAUUGGCUCAACAUGCAGAGGCGUGGAGUGCUCAGCGUGCGGCACAGUAUGAACAACAGGCAGCAGCUACAGCUGCUGCUAAUAAUACAACUAAUGUUGGUGAAGACGAUGACUACGCUUUAGUGGAACACAAGUAUACAUUGGAUAUAGACAAGUUAAAUCGGGAGACAUUAGAUGCAGAUCGUCUAUUAUAUGACGCUCUAGAGAGUUCAAAAUGGCUCCCACUUGAACAGCUGGAAACAUAUUGAUUUUUAAAGA